UGACACAACCCCUGAGAAGGUGCCUAUCAGAGCCAUGACCGGCGAUAGCGCGUUUUCUCCGGGCGGCGAGGCCUUAUCACCGAACCCAGAUCUCGAUAUCACUAACCUUUGUUUCUCGAGAAAACUGAAGAAGAGAUGCAAAAGGAAUUUGAAGACUUAAGAGUUCAUGCCCUUAAUCCCUAUCCAGAAGGAAAAUGGAAAUGUGGAAGAAGGUUCUGAAAACAGUGAGCAGUUCCUCGAGGACGGGGAUAGUGACCCUGAGAUUGAUAGUGAGCAAGUGCUUGGGAUUGAAGGCAACGACCUUGAGAACGACAGCGAGCAAGUUCUUGGGUUUGAAAGCAAUGACUUUGGGAAUGACAGUGAGCAAGUUUUUGAGUUCGAAAGCAAUAACCAUGAGGACAACAGCGAGCUCGUGCUUGAUACCGAGUGCAAUGACCAUGAGAACAAUAAUAAUCAAAUGCUUGAGAUUGAAAGCAAUGACCAUGAGGACCAAAAUGGUGUAUCUCAAGGAAAGGGCUACCCCCCACCAGCUGUGGGCAUGGAGUUUGAGUCAUAUGACGAUGCUUAUAAUUAUUAUAAUUGCUAUGCCAAGGAGCUGGGAUUUGCUAUCAGGGUCAAAUCUUCAUGGACAAAACGUAACAGCAAGGAGAAGCGUGGUGCAGUCCUCUGUUGCAAUUGUGAGGGUUUCAAAACAAUAAAAGAAGCUAGCAGUCGAAGGAAGGAAACAAGAACUGGUUGUCUAGCAAUGAUAAGGUUGAGGUUAGUGGAAUCCAACAGAUGGAGGGUGGAUGAAGUUAAGCUUGAACACAACCAUCUAUUUGAUCCUGAAAGGGCACUAAACUCGAAGUCUCACAAGAAGAUGGAUGCUGGAGCUAAAAGAAAGUUGGAGCCAACUCUUGACGUAGAAGUGCGGACAAUCAAGUUAUAUCGCACUCCUGUUGUGGAUGCAGUGAAUUAUGGCUCAAAUGACAGGGAAAUCAGUAAUCAUGUUGAUCAGUCCAAGCGCUUGAAGCUUAAAAAAGGCGAUGCACAAGUCAUCUAUAAUUAUUUUUGCCGGGUUCAACUAACAGAUCCCAACUUUUUCUAUGUGAUGGAUCUUAAUGAUGAAGGUCAUUUAAGGAAUGUAUUUUGGAUUGAUUCUAGGUCCAGGGCUGCGUAUGGUUAUUUUGGUGAUGUGGUUUCAUUUGACACAACAUGUUUGUUAAACAAAUAUGAGAUUCCGCUUGUAGCAUUUGUAGGAGCCAAUCAUCAUGGGCAGUCUAUUUUACUGGGUUGUGGGUUGCUUGCAGAUGAAACACUAGAGACAUAUAUUUGGUUAUUAAGGGCAUGGCUUACAUGUAUGUCAGGACGUCCUCCACAAACCAUCAUUACAGGCCAGUGUAAGGCCUUGCAAAGUGCAAUUGCAGAGGUUUUUCCAAGGGCUCAUCAUCGUCUUUGUUUGUCACUUGUUGUGCAAAGCCUUCUUGAAAAUUUGGGGGAGUUGCAGGAGUCUGAAAUAUUUCAAACAGUAUUGAAUAGAACAAUUUACAACUCUACCAAAGUGGAAGAAUUUGAAAUAGCUUGGGAGGAUUUGAUCCAGCAUUUUGGGAUUAGAGAUCAUGAGUGGCUUCGAACCUUGUUUGAAGACCGGGAAAGAUGGGCUCCUGUUUACUUGAAAGACACAUAUUUUGCCGGAAUGUCCAUAUCUCAACCGGGUGACUCCAAGAAUCCAUUUUUCGAUGGAUAUGUCCAUAAGCAAACUUCUCUGAAAGAAUUUUUUGAUAUGUAUGAAUUAGUUCUACAAAAAAAGUAUCAAAAGGAAGGUUUUGAUGAUUACGAGUCAAGAGAGUCAAUCCCCAUGCUAAAAACAAGGUGCUAUUAUGAGCUACAACUCUCUAAAGUCUAUACGAAAGAAAUAUUCUUGAAGUUUCAAGGCGAGGUGGAGAUGAUGUCUUCUUGUUUUAACGUGACUCAGAUUCAUGCUAAUGGACCAAUGAUCACAUACACGGUCAAAGAACAAGAGGCUGAUGGAAAUAUGAGAGGGAUAAGGAACUUGGAAGUUAUGUAUGAUAAAGCAGGAUUGGAAGUUCGCUGCAUUUGUAGCUGCUUCAACUUCAAAGGUUAUCUAUGCCGCCAUGCAUUGAGUGUUCUUAACAUUAAUAAUGUGGAGGAAAUCCCUGCCCAGUAUAUUUUGUCAAGAUGGAGGAAGGAUUUUAAGCGCUUGUAUGCAGCAGAUGUUGGCUCCAACAAUGUCGAUAUUGCUAAUCCAGUUCAAUGGUUUGAUCACUUGUAUAGACGAGCCUUACAAGUUGUCGAGGAAGGAAUGACAUCUCAGGAUCAUUACAUGGUUGCUUGGCAAGCGUUCAAGGAGUCUUUAAAUAAGGUUCGUCUUGUAGCAGACAAACAUGUAUAAUUGAUGAGGUUAAGGUGUAAAAUUCAUUGUAGAUUUAAUUGUGUACUUACCGUUUUAUGUAUCAUUCUCUUCAAUAUGUUUUUGUAUAGAGCAGGACUUCUUAUGGUUACCUUAAGGAUUUACAGAUGACUGGAUAAUUGAUGAGUUCUGUAGUUGAAA